UUCUAGAGAAAGUGAAACAACUGCUGCUGAGCGUUUGGCCCCUCGCUCUCGCCGGAGAAUCGGAAGCUCUUCGUUUUCCGGUGAUUAGAGUUACCGAGCUCUGACAAGUAUAAUCAUAGAGACAUGUCUGCAGAUUCGAUGCACAAUCCAAGCUUAAAUGAGGAAGUUGUUCACACAGCAGAAGUUUUCAAUAUGGUGAAACAAGAACAAAUGGAUGUAGUUACUGAAAAAGAGUGGGAGUAUCGUGCAUUGAAGGCAAGGAUAGAAGAAAGGAAAAAAGACCGCAAGAAGAAACAAGAGGACAGACCAACUUUAAUGUGGGAGACUUGGGAAGAAACAUAUGACAAAUGGCUUGUGAAACACUUCGCAGAUGAUUUGGAUAAUCAGAAUGAGUUUUUGUGUGAAACGGCGGAGCCAUCAUCAGAUAUGAUUGUGCCAUUGUUCAGGUACCAGAAAGAGUGGUUGUUUUGGGCACUUAAGCAAGAAGAAUCUUCAUCCAAAGGGGGUAUUCUUGCUGAUGAGAUGGGAAUGGGGAAGACCAUCCAAGCGAUAGCACUUGUGCUUGCUAAACGGGAACUAGGGAAAACAAUUAGCAAAUCUAGUUUAUUGUCAUCUUCAUCCAGUACUAAGCAGGAACUCUCAGCAGUAAAAGGCACUCUUAUCUUAUGUCCUAUGGUUGCUGUCCUUCAGUGGGUUACUGAGAUCAAUCGAUGCACCAUUGAAGGUAGCAACAAAAUUCUUGUGUAUCAUGGUUCCAACAGAAGGAAACUUAGCCACGAUAUUGAAGAAUAUGAUUUUGUCAUCACCACAUACUCCACUGUUGAGGCUGAAUAUAGGAAAUAUGUCAUGCAGCCAAAACAAAAGUGCAAGUGGUGUGGCAAAGCAUAUUAUGAAGAAAAGUUGCCCAUUCACCAGAAGAGGUAUUGUGGACCAGAUGGUGUUAAAACUGCCAAGCAGUCAAAGAAGCAGAGGAAGAAGUUAAAACUUGACGGGGAAUUGUUGAUGCAGCAAACAGAUUCUACUGAGUCAGAGACUUAUUUGCAGAUAACAGAUUAUAUGGAAUCAGAGACGAAUGUGCAGGAAGAAGGUUCUACCCCGGAGACUGAUAUGAAGAAAACGGGUCGUAGGAAGAAGUCAAUUUUGCAUUCAGUGAAGUGGGAUCGCAUCAUCUUGGAUGAGGCUCAUUAUGUAAAAGAUAGGCGCUGCAACACGACAAAAGCUACUCUUAGUUUGAAAUCUUCUUAUAAGUGGGCCUUAAGUGGUACUCCGAUUCAGAAUCUUGUUGGAGAAUUGUAUUCACUUGUCCGUUUCCUACAAAUAGUACCCUACUCAUUUUACUUUUGCAAGGACUGUGAUUGCAGAACACUUGACUAUAGGUACUCUACAUCCGAGUGCCCACAAUGCCCCCACAAAUCAGUACGGCACUUUUGCUGGUGGAACAGAUACAUUGCUACACCUAUAAAACGUGAAGGAAGUUAUGGGAGUGGUAGAGAUGCGAUGUUCCUUUUGAAGCAUAAAAUUCUAAAAAGCAUCCUACUAAGGCGUAGUAAAAAAGGAAGAGCUGCUGAUCUUGCUCUUCCUCUUAAAAUUGUUACUUUGAGAAAAGAUUCUUUGGAUGUCAUAGAAGAAGACUACUACACGUCAUUGUACAAUAAAAGCCAGGCACAAUUUAAUACUUAUGUUAAAGGUGGAACAUUGAUGAAUAACUAUGCACACAUUUUUGAGCUGCUUACACGCCUACGGCAGGCAGUUGAUCAUCCUUAUCUUGUGGUGUACUCGACUACUGCUUUGGCUAAAAUGGCAAACUCUGGAAAUGUUGAGCAACCUUGUGGCUUAUGUCAUGAUGCAGUAGAAGAUCCAGCUGUUACUUCUUGCAUGCAUGUCUUUUGCAAGACGUGUUUGAUAGAGUUUGCUGCAAGUGUUAGACAAGUGCCAUGCCCUCUGUGUUCUGAACUACUUACAAUUGACUUCACUGUAAAUAUUGAUAUGGUGGAUCAGAAUUCUAAACAGACUCUCAAAGGGUUUAGAUCCUCAAGUAUACUGAACAGAAUUCAGCUAGACGAUUUCCAGUCCAGCACUAAAAUAGAUGCUUUGAGGGAAGAAAUUAGGUUCAUGAUUGAAAGAGAUGGUUCUGCAAAAGGAAUAGUUUUCAGCCAGUUCACAUCGUUUUUGGAUUUGAUACACUAUUCUCUUCAGAAGUCGGGCAUCAAUUGUGUUCAAUUAGUCGGAUCUAUGUCUAUUGACGCAAGAGCUGCAGCAGUUACCAAAUUUACUGAGGAUCCAGAUUGCCGGAUAUUUCUUAUGAGCUUAAAAGCUGGAAGUGUUGCACUCAAUCUUACGGUUGCAUCACAGGUUUUCAUGAUGGAUCCUUGGUGGAAUCCUGCUGUGGAGCGCCAAGCACAAGACCGAAUUCAUCGAAUAGGGCAAUAUAAACCCGUCAGGAUUGUGAGAUUUGUGAUUGAAAAUACAGUUGAAGAGAAGAUCUUAAAGUUACAGGAGAAGAAGGAACUUGUUUUUGAAGGGACAAUUGGUGGCUCUUCAGAGGCCUUUGCAAAGCUAACUGAAGCAGACUUGAAAUUCUUGUUUACAACUUAAAUUGGUUGAUAUUUUGCUCUUUAGUUCAAGAAGCAGAUUCACUUUUAUUUUUUGCUUUUAGAACAAAGUUUGUUCAUAGACUAGUCGUCUGCUGCCCAUGCUAUGUAUAUAUACUUCUGAAUUUAGCCAUAUCCCUUUUGGAUUGUCCAGGAAAUGUCGCUUUUGCAUCACCAUCAUUAGCUUAUGAUCUUAUUCCAGUCAAAGAGUGAACAAUUAACUAAAUCUGGGCAGAGUAUCUAUGUGGUUCCCUUUUCAGCACAAUCAA